UUUUUUUCCCUCCCUCCCCCCUUUUCUCAAUUUUGUGUCCUGCCCCCCCACCACCAGCGCGUCCUCAAUGCCUCUCUGAACAACAUCUAGGGAGAGAGCGUGAGGAGGAGACCCGGGGAGGCAAAAGAGAAAGAAGAAGAUGAGGAUUAUUUGCAGACAGCUUGUCUUGUUGUUUUCUGGCUUUUGGGGACUCGCAAUGGGCGCUUUUCCUAGCAGCGUGCAAAUAGGUGGCCUCUUCAUCCGAAACACAGAUCAGGAAUAUACUGCUUUUCGAUUAGCAAUUUUUCUUCACAACACCAGCCCCAACGCAUCUGAAGCACCUUUUAAUUUGGUUCCUCAUGUAGACAACAUUGAAACAGCAAACAGCUUCGCUGUAACAAAUGCCUUCUGCUCCCAGUAUUCAAGAGGAGUUUUUGCCAUUUUUGGACUGUACGAUAAAAGAUCAGUACACACCUUGACCUCAUUCUGCAGCGCCUUGCACAUCUCCCUCAUCACGCCGAGUUUCCCCACCGAGGGCGAGAGCCAGUUUGUGCUGCAACUGAGGCCUUCCUUACAGGGAGCACUGCUAAGCUUGCUGGGCCACUAUAAAUGGAACCGGUUUGUCUUUCUUUAUGACACAGACAGAGGUUACUCAAUACUUCAAGCUAUUAUGGAAACAGCAGGAGAAAAAAGCUGGCAAGUCAGCGCCAUAUGUGUGGAGAAUUUUAAUGAUGCAAGCUACAGGCAGCUUUUAGAAGACUUGGACCGGAGACAGGAAAAGAAAUUCGUAAUAGAUUGUGAAAUAGAGAGGCUUCAGAAUCUCUUAGAACAGAUUGUGAGUGUUGGAAAGCAUGUUAAAAACUAUCAUUACAUCCUUGCAAACCUGGGAUUCAAGGAUAUUUCUUUGGACAGAUUUAUGCAUGGAGGGGCCAAUGUCACAGGGUUUCAGCUGGUGGAUUUUAAUACGCCUAUGGUUGCCAAACUCAUGCAACGGUGGAAGAAACUGGACCAGAGGGAAUACCCAGGGUCAGAGACCCCUCCUAAGUAUACCUCUGCUCUAACCUACGAUGGAGUGCUUGUGAUGGCUGAGACAUUCCGUAACCUUCGAAGGCAGAAAAUUGACAUUUCUAGGAGGGGGAAUGCAGGGGAUUGUCUUGCAAACCCAGCUGCACCGUGGAGCCAAGGGAUUGACAUGGAGAGAACGUUGAAACAGGUUCGAAUACAAGGACUUACGGGAAAUGUUCAGUUUGACCACUAUGGCCGCCGAGUCAACUAUUCAAUGGAUGUGUUUGAACUGAAGAGCAAUGGCCCUCGAAAGAUUGGUUACUGGAAUGAUAUGGAUAAAUUCGUUUUGAUUCAGCACGAGCCUACAUUGGGAAAUGACACGUCAGCUCUUGAGAACAGAACAGUAAUCGUAACCACAAUUAUGGAAGCCCCAUAUGUUAUGUGGAAAAAAAACAGAGAGCUAUUUGAAGGGAAUGACAAGUAUGAAGGAUACUGUGUAGACCUGGCAUCAGAAAUUGCAAAGCAUAUUGGCUUCAAGUACAAAAUUGCUAUUGUUCCUGAUGGAAAAUACGGAGCAAGGGAUCCAAACACAAAAAUCUGGAAUGGGAUGGUGGGAGAACUGGUGUAUGGGAAAGCAGAGAUUGCUGUCGCGCCUCUGACCAUCACUUUGGUACGAGAGGAGGUUAUCGAUUUCUCUAAGCCCUUUAUGAGUCUGGGCAUAUCCAUUAUGAUCAAAAAGCCUCAGAAAUCUAAACCUGGAGUGUUUUCCUUUCUGGACCCCUUAGCCUAUGAGAUCUGGAUGUGCAUAGUCUUUGCCUACAUUGGGGUCAGUGUUGUCCUGUUCCUGGUGAGCAGGUUUAGUCCAUAUGAGUGGCAUACAGAGGAGCCAGAGGACGGCAAAGAAGGGCCCAGUGACCAGCCUCCCAAUGAAUUUGGCAUCUUCAACAGCCUUUGGUUUUCCCUGGGUGCCUUCAUGCAGCAAGGAUGUGAUAUUUCUCCCAGAUCCCUCUCAGGUCGUAUAGUUGGAGGUGUGUGGUGGUUCUUCACGCUCAUCAUUAUUUCAUCCUAUACCGCUAACCUUGCGGCUUUCUUGACUGUUGAGCGAAUGGUCUCCCCCAUAGAAAGCGCAGAAGACCUCGCCAAACAAACCGAAAUUGCAUAUGGGACCCUGGACUCCGGGUCGACGAAAGAAUUCUUCAGGAGAUCUAAAAUAGCAGUGUACGAAAAGAUGUGGGCGUACAUGAGCACAACAGACCCGUCCGUGUUCGCUAGGACUACAGCUGAGGGAGUUGCCCGUGUUCGCAAGUCCAAGGGCAAGUUUGCCUUCCUCCUGGAGUCCACCAUGAAUGAAUACAUUGAGCAGCGCAAGCCAUGUGACACCAUGAAAGUGGGAGGAAAUCUGGAUUCGAAAGGCUAUGGCGUAGCCACACCAAAGGGUUCUUCAUUAAGAACUCCUGUAAACCUUGCCGUUCUGAAACUCAGUGAGGCAGGCGUCUUAGACAAGCUGAAAAACAAAUGGUGGUACGAUAAAGGGGAAUGUGGACCCAAGGACUCUGGAAGCAAGGACAAGACGAGCGCCCUGAGUCUCAGCAAUGUUGCGGGCGUCUUCUACAUUCUGGUUGGAGGCCUGGGCCUGGCUAUGCUGGUGGCUUUGAUAGAGUUCUGUUACAAAUCCAGGGCAGAGGCGAAGAGAAUGAAGCUGACCUUUUCUGAAGCCAUACGAAACAAAGCCAGAUUAUCCAUCACAGGGAGCAUGGGAGAAAACGGACGCAUUCUGACUCCCGACUGCCCAAAGGCUGUACACAGUGGAUCUGCAAUGAGACAAAGUUCAGGAUUGGCGGUAAUUGCAUCAGACCUACCAUAAAAACCAAAAAAAUAUCCGAGUGCCUUAAUUAAACUGUGUCAGUGACUGACGGGAAUACAGCAUGGACUGUAACACGACACGGGGAAAUGUCAUUGAUGAACUUAGAAAUGGGCUGAGCAUGGGAAAGGCGUCCUGGCAUGCCAGACAUCAGCAGCAGCAAAUGUGUGUGCAUGGUCUCAGCUCGGAAACCCAAACUCAGAUUUUAUAUCAGGAAAAAAAGAAUCAUAAUUUAGUUUUGUUGGGGGGAGGCGGGGUUGGGACAGGAAUAUUAACAGUGACAAAUUUCACUUGAGUGGACUUUAAAAAAACAACAAAAACCACCAACUAAUAGGACUUGCCGAUUUAGCGCAUUAAAACUAUGAAGAAUACACAUGAGGAAAAGGCUACCUUUCGGUCUUUGUCUUGGCAAAGCGGAGAACCAACUGCUAUAGAAGUCAAUGAACAUGCUUACCUGUGUUUCCCGAAGAUCAACAUUACACAGUGGGAAGAAUGUCCGGCUGUGGAAACAAGUCACUAAACUGUGAUAAGAAAAUAAAUAUGUAAAUCCUGUGAAAAAAAUAAAAUAAAAGAAAUUAAUUACUUUUUUCUUUGGGGGAAAAAAGAGGAAUAUUGAAACAUGCUUGCUUUUUAACGGAUGUAAAUUCAGUAGAGGACAACACAAUUCUUUUUUCUAACCAUCUUAGGGAACAAUUCAUUGCAAUAAUUGAUAUAAAAUGUCAUCACUGUAAUAAAAUUCAGAGACUUUUUUUUUAUAAACAUUGUUGGUCAUCCUCAUUCUGUCCCAUCAUUCCGUGUUCCAUGGAUUUGCAUCUGUCUAACUACAAGAAACCAACCAAUAAGUUUAGAGAACACCAUCAGUCUGCAGUAUAGAAUCAAAAGAGACUACGGGUCACUCAUGUUACCGCUUUUAUUUAUAAUCUUGUUCUGUGUAUGAAACUGUGGUUUUUGUACCCACCAAAAAAGAAUAAAACAACAACCGUUCUUUUAAUACCUGCUGACCUGGAGUGGUUUUCUGACUAUCAGGAAUGCUGUUCCCAACAGGUCAAUAGAGCUGAGGGCAAAUUGUAUUUGAGACGAAUUUGCAUUCUGACGCCAAGAAGUGUGGCCAGGCUUGAGUUUCUGGCCAGAGAAGCAAUGGACUGUUCUUGACUUUGCUACUGGUUCACUCCAGCAUAAUAAUCAUAUGUACAGCAGGCAGGGAUAUAUGUAUCCUGGGCUUUAAAAAUAAAUCUGCUC